CUAAACCCAGAACAUUAAAAUCAGUCUGUAUAUACAGUAAAGCAUGCUUGUUAUACUCACUGUGGAACCUAAGGGGUUAAUCCUCUGCAUUGUGUAAAAAAGGCCAUUUGAUCCUAAUUUUUCUGCCCCUCCACUUGUUCAAAUGUCCACCUGAUAAGACAGACUGAACCCAUAGCCACAUGCACAUGCUCAGUUUAGUGUGUAUUGCUAGAGAAGAGGUUUUUUUUUUUUUCUUGGGAGAGUGCAUGUGGUCAGCAGAGGGCCAAUCAGCACUGUCUAGACAGAGGGUCAGGACUUUCACAUCCUCCUAGAGCAG